AUGGUUUCUCGGAGGGCGCCCGCGGGAGAGCGCUGGCCCUGCGCGGCGGCAGCCGGCGGCUCGUUCGUGGGGGCCCAGGGGAGCGGCUGGAGCGGAUGCCGCGGCCUCGGCCAGAGCGGCGCCCGGGUACCCGGCAGCUCCUUCGGCUCGCCCGGGCUGCCGUGGAGCUCCCCCAGCCUCGUGCGCAGAGAGCAGGACGAGGAGCUGCUGAGGGAGUACGCCAGCGAGCGGGCUGCGGCCCAGGCCGAGCAGGGCCGCCUGGCACUCGAGAUGGAGGAGCUGCGGGACCAGUGCAGCCGGCAGGGCUACAGCAUCAGCGCGCUCUCCUGCCGGCUGGCGGGCGCCGGCGCCACGGUGGCGGCGGAGCUGUCGCGCGCGGCGGCGGUGCGCCAGGCCCUCGGGGGCGAGCUGCUCAGCGAGGAGGCGGAGUGCCAGGCGCUGGCGCAGGAGUGGGCGUGCGAGGAGAGCGAGCUGUCGAGGAGGGUCGAGGACGCCGAGGAGCAGCUCGCCGGCGCCUGGGGCAUCCGCGACUCGCUGGAGCAGCAGCUGGUGGAGACCUCGCACGUGCAGUCGGAGCUGCGCGCCCAGAUCGCCAAGGAGCGGAUGUCGCGGCGACAGCUGAGGAACAUGGGCGAGGUGGAGCUCCGGGCCGCCCACGUCCACAAGAGGAUGGCCGAGGAGGAGCGCCGCCGCGAGCUGGGUGCGGAGCAGCUGCGCACCAGCCAGGCAUACAGCCUGCUCAUGGGGCAGCUGCAGGCGGAGCGGUCCGCGGAGGGCGCGUGGCAGGACAGCACCCGUCGCGAGGUGACGUUCCUGGAGCAGGAGAACGACAGGCUCCAGAGGGAGGAGGAGGCGCUGGGGGAGGAGCUGCGGGAGGCCCGCGAGCGGAACGAGGCGCGGGCUCUGGCCGCCGCGCGGGCCGCGGAGGAGGACGCCCAGGAGGCGGAGGAGCUCCGCGCGCGCCUCGCGCAGGUGGACGAGGAGUGCCGCCAGCACGAGGAUGCGACGCGGAGGCUUCUGCAGUCUCUGGAGGAGCGCACGUUCGAGCGCAACGAGAUCGAGGAGGCGCUCAGCGGAGGGGCGCGAGGGGGAGCUGCGCGGGGAGCUCCGCGAGCUGCGCAGGAGGCUGCGGCAGUCCCUCGACGACGGGGAGCUGCGGGCUCUGGGGCGGCAGCGGCGGUCCCUUGGCCACGAGCUCCAGGAAGCCAGCGUCCUCAGGA